AUGGACUCGCCCCUAUCCCCAGCUUCCUCCACCGCCGCGACAACCCCUCUAGCUGUCACAGCUUUUCCCCCUUCGGAGAAUCCUCUCAAGCAACCCAGCUCCUCAGCGAGCACUCCACUCUUCCACCACAGUCAUGGACUAUCACCAUUAGGGCCAGAAUCCCCGGACGCCCAGAUAGCCACGCCCACACAACCGCCGCCACCACCAUCACUUCCCUCCCUACCGCUCCCAUUCACCACCAUCCCCUCAUCCAACCCGUCAUCCACACCCCCUAUCCCCGAACCCUCUCGAUCCGCCAAACCGCACCGCCACUGCCUCACCCGCGACCAACGCCGCGAUAUUCUUCUUAUGCGCAGUCUCGGACACACCUACCACCAGAUCUGCAAACACCUCAACCUCCCCUUCGGCGCCGUGCAGUACACCUGCCAAAAGCGCUCUGCGUCUCCCAAGCGCCGCCCAGGGAGAGCCAGACGGCUCACGGACGAGAAACUAGAGGAGAUUGAGGCCUUUAUAACCUCCUCGAUACAGAAUCGUCAGAUGACGUAUCAGGAGGUGGUGGAGGUCUUGCGGUUGGAUGUGAAGGAGGACACGUUGACACAGGCCCUGAGAAAGCGGGGUUUGGUGAGGCAGAUGGCCUUUUUGAGAUCACCUCUUGCUGUUGGGAAUGUCACUGCAAAACCAGUCAGGACCUACUUAACCUGCAGGAAAAAUGAGGAGAUAGAUUCUCCCAUGGUCGUUGAAGUCAUCAAGCGCAAAACUACUUCAUGA